AUGGCCCAAGUCAAGGUAUCUGGCUUGGAAGAUCUUGAGGCGCAUCUACGACAAGUCAUAGCCUUCCCAGAUACCCAACUUGAUGCAAAAUUAUUCGACGAUGUUGAGCUACAACUCAAUGAGACAAAUAUUCCACCUAUCAUCCCACGAUUACUUCCCCAAUUAACUCAAAUCCUUCUGACGUACGAGAAAGAUCCAAGUCUCCUAGCCAGUAUGAUCAUCAAACUUCUACGUCCUAUGAAAUUCACUGAAGCUCUUACUUUGGCCUCUGAGGAUGCACUAAUUCAAGCCUUACGCUCUCCAGCACCUUCAGCGAAUCUGUUAGCUAUGACGAUUAUUGGCAAGGCAACUCGAAGUCCAGGAGAUACAGCAAUUUUAUCAAUCAUGAAGGGUGUGAUCGAGAGUCUCAUCCAUACGUGGCUAAGUACACCACACGUAGAGGUUGGUGAGAGGGCAACACAAAUGCUCGGCGAUCUGCUAGAGGUCGACUGUGAUAGGAGGAUCUCUGCUGGAAUUGACACCAAAAUGAGCGGCUUGCAAAUUGCUGGUGGGAUGGCCCCGGGUCAAGGUCUUUUAUGGAGGCGUAUUUUUCAUGAUCGUGAAAUAUAUGGCCUGCUUUUAUCGCUUUGCAGCUUCCAUACUUCGGGGGACGGCGAACAUCAGCUAGAUAAAAGACAGAAAUCACUUGCACAAGGUCGCUUACUACGACUACUGCCCCGGCUGUCGUGUCUAGACUUCUACACUGUCAGUCAUUCGCAAUUUCCAGAUAUUGAUCGUCAGUAUGGUAUUCCCGAUGGAGAGGAGGGUCUCCUGUAUUUCGCGAUGGUCGAUAUGGUGAACAAGGAGGAGGACAUGCUCAUGCAUAUCACCCUCAUAGACCUCUUCGUUGAGUUGCUGGUAGUCAUGAGCACGACCGAGCUCACCCAGACCACGAUGAAGUACCUAGCAAAUCUGGUCAAUACGGUUGCUGGAGCAGAUAAGACACUUUACAAAUCUCUCGAAUCCAUUGCGAGAAAUCCUGAAUCACCACCAGAGCUUGUCGACCUUUUAGUAAAGUUGAGCGAGUAG